CAGCGUCCCUCUCAGGCGGCGAACGGUGUAGGAAAGGGUACGGAGGAGACCUAGCGCGAGAACUACAACUCCCGCCGAGCCCGAGGGCGAGCUGUGCGUCACUUCCGCUUCCGCCGCCCCUCGCACCCUCGUCUCUCGGACCCCAACCGAGGAGCGGUCCGGCGCGUGACCCCGCGUGACCAGGGCGCGCGAGCCGAGAGGCCCUGGAGGCGGAACUUUGGGACCCCCAUUGGGAGAAAGACGAGCAGAAAAGGCGAAACGAGACAACCUCGAUAGUGAUUGGAACUAAUGAAACGAGGGCGGAGCUAAACCUACAGAUCACUGGCCAAUCAGAGUUUACGAUUAUCAGGGAGACCGGGAAGGGGAAAGGGGCGAAGUGGUUCUGUGGUCACAUGGUGCAGGGUUUGGUGGGAGGAGCGGCUGCCCAGCGGCCUCUUGGCGCUUCCUGUUUCCGGUUCCCAGAGUGGGGCACAACGAGGCGCUAGGGGCGACGCUGGCCUCUGACACUAGCUCCGGGACCGGGGUCUGCGGCCGGCUUCUAGCAGGCCCCGUCUCCCAUCCCCAAACGCAUAUUCACUGGGGAUUGUGAGCCUUGGCUGCUCCAGUUUCCCGCGACACGAUGUUCCCCUUCUACAGCUCCUGGAGAACUAGACUGCUACUGCUGCUACUCCUGGCUGUGGCAGUGAGAGAAUCUUGGCAGACAGAAGAAAAAACUUGCGACUUGGUAGGAGAAAAGGGCAAAGAAUCAGAGAAAGAGUUGGCUCUAGUGAAGAGGUUGAAACCACUGUUUAAUAAAAGCUUUGAGAGCACUGUGGGCCAGGGCUCAGAAACAUACAUCUACAUAUUCAGGGUGUGCCGGGAAGCUGGCAACCACACUUCUGGGGCAGGCCUCGUGCAAAUCAACAAAAGUAAUGGGAAGGAGACAGUGGUAGGGAGGCUCAAUGAGACUCACAUCUUCAAUGGAAGUAAUUGGAUCAUGCUGAUCUAUAAAGGGGGUGAUGAAUAUGACAACCACUGUGGCAAGGAGCAGCGUCGUGCAGUGGUGAUGAUCUCCUGCAAUCGACACACCCUAGCGGACAAUUUUAACCCUGUGUCUGAGGAGCGAGGCAAAGUCCAAGAUUGUUUCUACCUCUUUGAGAUGGAUAGCAGCCUGGCCUGUUCCCCAGAGAUCUCCCACCUCAGCGUGGGUUCUAUCUUACUUGUCACGUUUGCAUCACUGGUUGCUGUUUAUGUUGUUGGGGGGUUCCUAUACCAGCGACUGGUGGUGGGAGCCAAAGGAAUGGAGCAGUUUCCCCACUUAGCCUUCUGGCAGGAUCUUGGCAACCUGGUGGCAGCAUGUGGUUUUGACCUUUUUUUUCAAUCUUCUGGAAAGGGAAUGGAAGCAGAAGUGGGACAUUGAGGGCUCUGCUGUCCUCUGCGCUGGGUGUGGAAUGCUGCUGCACCUGUCCCUUCUGCUGGCUCAGGGAAGUGUCUUCUUGCCCACAUUUCUGUGGGGAAAGGUUUUUAAUCCUCUGAUGCUUCCAUCUUCCUGUUUAGGCCAUGUGCCCAGAAACCUGGACUGAUCUUUCUGUAAUAGUGAACCCCUGGGCCACUGAAGAGUAACAUGGCUCCACUGGACACAAAAGAGGGAUGGAAUCAAUAGGCAGGGGCAUUUUAUAAGCCUUAGGAAAAGAAAAUGAUAUCUUUGGACUUUUCAAUACUAUUGGAGUGAUUUUUUUUCUUUCUAAAUGGGAAAUAAUGUUAUAAAAGCAUCUUUUUUGUUAUUUGUUUGCAUCCCUCCCCCACACCCUGGUGUUUUAAAAUGAAGAAAAAAAUAUCACUUUUUGUACAAAAACUCUUAAUGAUUAAAAAACAAACAAAACACAUUGGCCUAGUCAUUUGUGUGAAAGUGGGCAGAGACUGGAAUAGAGUAAGACAACUGAGACCAAUUUUCAUCCUUUUACUGAGGAAGAAAAAAUAAUAUUUUUGUUGUAUAAGGAAUAGCGCCUAAGGCAGGUACUCAUACUCCUGAUCUCAGCCCCACACACUCUGGUUUUAUAAAGCUAUAGGACAGAGCAGAGUUGGAACUGAAAAGCAGGGUACAAAAUAACACAUAAGUUGGAGGGGAACAGUGGGAUGCAGAAAGAAUGACAACAGCCACCUGUGUCCCGGUCAAACACUUUUUCAGUCCCUGCAGCAUAAGAAAGACGCCAACCAAGUCUCUACACUGGCUGGAGAUCCUGCCAUGGAUGCAGGACAAAAUCUUCAAUCAUAAGGGAGUCAGUGACA